CGCCAUCCGCAUUGCCCAACGUCGGAAGUCCUUACGGUCUUCUAGACGAUACGCGCAUCUCUUCGAUUCCCUCCCCCUUCGCGUUCUAGAAUUUUUUAAACGCUGAAACAUCGAGGCCGAAGCUUCCUUGAUCGUGGGACCCCUUGCAACCGACGGAUCUCAGCGGCAGCUACUUCAUUUCUGUUCCUGUUCUUGGUUAUCUCAUCCGACGACAGCCGUAUAGCCUUCGACAGCAUAGCGCUUACGUCGCGCCCGAUCUGCUCGGUAUCUUUAGGACCGCAUCCCCCCUAACACGCCUCCGCUGUCUUCUUCGCAUCCUUUCAUCCGCGCUCAACCGCGUCUGAUAAUUCGCCUCCUCGUCGGGACGACCGGUACACGCCAUUCGUCGAAAUGUCGUUGGAGGAGAAGGAGCUACAAAUCCACCCUAUUGUUGGGGAGAGCGUACAGCAUAAUGGUCGCACCGUUUCAAACAUACGAAAUCUGACAGCGUCCUUGUUCGGCGUUGCCGCUGGUACAUUAGGCCUUGAGUCUUACCCUGGGUUCGCGUUCUACUUGAUAGGCACCCUCCUGGUAUCAGCGUUGAUCUUUUUCCUGCGGGCAGAAUCGAAACCAAAGAGAUUUUUCUAUAGACCGUUUGGUGAUCUGUGGGCUGGAGAUCUGGUGAGCGGCUUAAGCUCCUUUGUGCUGACUUGGACACUUUUCUACGGCCUAGUCAGAGCUUGAAUUUUUGUCCUACGGCAAGAGCGGGACAGAAGGGGCUACGAAUAUAUCCUGUGCUACACCAACGCAUACAGAUAAGCAGCAUACGCUCAAGACGCACAAGCUAUGGUGCCAUGACUGUGCUAAAUGCUGAGAGGCGACGAAAGCGCGGACACUGAGGCAACCACGAUGAGAUCGUUAUCUCUGCUAUAAGUGGUUUUCGCUGAUAGCACCGAGACGUUACCAAUCUACCAUAUAAAAUAGCCAUAAGCGACGUUGCAUGUGACGGCGACAAUGGUUUAGCUAUUGGGCAACUUUGGCUUUGCCCGAAAUCGUCUUCUCACAUGAAGUGGUUGCCUUCAUACACUUUCAGUUUAUCACACCUCUACUGUCUGACCUUUUAGAAACCUUCUGCAAUUGGGAGCAUCAAGAACAGUGUUGUAGUUCAUCCGUCCCUUUCCAGACUUGCGGCGGUCACGUGUCAUUUCGUAAAACUUUACCUGUCUUUCAAGCCUCGCCCAGAAUGCUACCAAUCUACGAUUUCAGGUAGCGUAGAAGUUUCACUCGCAAAAGACAAGGCUUUUCAAACAUUGGCGAUAGUAUUCCUCGCAUUUGUUCUUCGGGUCGACUCAGCUGGUGACAUCUUAAAAAGUGAUAGACCCCAAG